AUGGGAUCCAGUCCUAGCCAAGAGCACUCUGAGAAGAAGAGGUCUUUAGGGCGGGACUACCAUCCCAUGUGUCUGAAGUGUUUCCACUGUACCACACCACUGACAGCAGGACAGCAUGCUGAGUAUGAUGAGAAGCCAUAUUGUGCACACUGCUACAUGAGGAUGUUUGGUCCAAGAGGUAACAGGUGACUGGUGCCAUGAUGGCACCAUACUGUCCAUUAGGAACCUGACCAAAACCCAGACAGACCAACAACCACACAAAAGACAAACACAGGCACAGUUGAUAAGGGAACAACCCUAAACCAGUAUGGAAAAAAAACGGGUUUCUAAAGUCAGUGAAAAGAAACCAAACAAGAACAACAACAGCAUUCAUUUAUUCAAGUUCACUGCCACUGCUUUGGUCAAAACGUUAGCCACAAAAAAAUGGAGUAGUUAGAAGAUGUGCUUGUUGUGGCCAGCUAGUGCCGCAAACACGUGGUUUUUUUUUUUUGCAAUGUGAGUGAAAUGUUUCUUGUACUGAAUAUUGGUAUGCAUGUUAUAAAACAUUUAA